AUUCCAUCAUGUUGUUUACAAGCUUUGUUCCAGUGGCCGCCCUCUUGGCGGUCCGUGUUUUGGCCGGUAUGACCAAAACUGGCACACUUUGUACUGUCACUCCUUCCGGCUCCAGUGAUGACUCGGGGUAUAUCAUGGAUGCUUUCAAGCAGUGUGGGCAGAAUGGCCAGAUUGACAUAGUUGAGGGCGACUACACCAUUGCCAAGGUCAUGGAUGUGCUAAAUCUCAAAAACUGCGAUAUAAGUAUCAGAGGCAAACUCACCUGGACGACCGACGUCAAUUACUGGACAAGGAAUAGCAUUGGUGUUACGUAUUCUCAACGGAGCACGGCUUUCCGCUUAGGUGGAGACACCUUUUCAGUCCGCGGCUACGGCAAAGCGUUAUUCUUCGGAAACGGCCAAACGUGGUACGAUGUCAACAAGAACGGGUCCAACAUGGCUGGUCGUCCCAUCAGUUUGACACUAUGGAAAGCCCAGAAUGUGCUCAUUGACGGCAUUACCUGGAGGCAGCCACAAUUCUGGCAUACUUUUGUCGCUUAUUCAAACAACAUCACGAUGACAAACCUGGACAUGAGCGCCAUCUCCAACUCGCAAUGGAACACUGUAAACACCGACGGCUUCGAUUCCUGGAACUCCAAGGACAUAGUGCUGAAAAACUGGACCGUGACAUGCGGAGAUGAUUGCAUCUCCAUCAAAGGCAACAGCAGCAACGUCCACGUCAAAAACGUAACAUGCACCGAAUCGGGCGCAGCCGUCAUCGGGUCUUUGGGAAACCCGACAAAUGUCCCCGACUACGUCGACAACAUCCUCUUUGAAGACUUCACAGCCAUUCACUCUUCCAACGCCGCAUGGAUAAAAACUUACCCAGGUCAAGGCCACGUCAAGAAUGUUACCUUUCGCAACUUUAAAUUCCAGGACGUGAACCAGCCCAUCUACAUAUCUCCCUGCAUCUACAGCUACACGAACUGCGAUGCGAGUAGGCUGAAGAUCAGUGAUAUCACAUGGGAGAAUAUCACAGGGACAAGUCGGUAUAAUGUUGCAGCGGGGAUCUACUGUAGUAAGUCGACGCCGUGUACGGGAUUAAAGUUCAAGGGUAUCGAUAUCAAGCCGAAGGAUGGAGGGAGUGCGAAGGUUCUUUGUAGUAAUAUGAAUGCGGAUAGUGGGCUGGCGUGUACGGGGACUUGUCCGGCUGGCUGGGUACAGCAGUUGAAGGUAUUCUCCAAAAUCUUCAUUCUCGCCCUAGGCGCCGGAACGCUAGGUGUCCAAGCCCAACUCAUCGGCGGCGGCUCCUGGAACCCCGACGUAGACCAAGCCCUCCACGACGCGCUAGACACCGCAAUGCCAUCCAUCCCAGCCCCCAGUAUCGACCCCGCAGACGCAGCAGCAGCGUGGUCCGCGUACCGUGCGUACACGGAAGCCAUGGCAGCCCGGUCAUCGAGCAAUGCAGCGCCCAGCGCAACUUCCAGUGGAGCAGCACCCCUCAUCACUGCGCAGCCUACGUUGCCGUCCGGCGCGCCGACCACUUUCCAGACCGCUGUGAGGCCGACUGGAAAAUCUUCCGGUGAGGCGGAUCCGACUCCUACUUCGCCUGCGUGUCCCGCGAAGGACGUGAAGAAGCUCAUCACUGGUAUCGCUAACGCUAUUGCGUCCGGCGAUAACGAAGAGCUGCAGGAAAAGAUCCACAAGACGCUUUCUCAUUUUAAGAAUUUGGUGUCUCAGGAUGGACUUGAGGAUAAAGUUAAAGAGCUCAUCUCUAAGAUACCUUCGUCUCUUCCUAAGAAGGUUGUCAAGAAAUACCUUGGAAAGCUUGCCAACGUGCUCUCCAGUGACGUUGGCGGGGAAGAAUUGCAGACGGAACUUUCUAAGCUUGAAAGUAUUUUCUCUGCGCUUGAAUGA